AUGAUUACUGCCAAGAACAAACCAAUCCCCAAGGCUGCUGACUCAACAUCAUGGGCUGAUAGAGUUAGGAUUUCUGACUCAAUCACUCGUUUCACCCUUGAAAAUCUUCCUCGUCAACCUGUAGGACACCGUCUCCAGGUCUCAGAAGCAAUGUUGAUGGAGAAUUCUGAUCAGUGGACUAGAUGUAUGUGUGGUCUAGAGCAUGUCACAGCCACCGCCAAUGGCUUCAUGAUUUUUAGGUUCAACACUAAGGAGAAUAUGCAUGCAGUGCUAGAGAAAGGACCAUGGAUGUUCGGAGGUAAGAACAUCAUCCUGCAACAAUGGCAUCCCCGAUUCCAGUUUGACAAGAAUAAAAUCUCUACACUUCCAGUUUGGAUCCGCCUACAUGGCCUGCCUUUUCCUUUAUGGUCUAAGCAGGGUUUGAGCAUGGCUGCCAGCAUGAUUGGUCGACCUUUGUCUUGUGAUGAGCAAACCUACAACUGCACGCGGUUAGAGUAUGCAAGGGUUUGCGUAGAGAUUGAUGCUACUCUCCCCUAUGUUCAGGAUUUUGAAAUAGACAGUCCCCUAUCAGCCGAACCAAUCACAGUAACAGUAGACUAUGAAUGGAAGCCUUCUCGUUGUGACAAAUGCAAAGUUUUUGGCCACUCCUGCCUUCCCAUUGCAGCAUCCCAACCAGCUAAACUGGACAAAGGCAAAGGCAUAGCAGACCAACUUCCAUUUCCCCCAACUAUUUUAUCCCACCCAACCAACACACCCUUACCUAUCCCACAAGAUCCAUCCCCAAGCAGUGAUGAUCCAUCAUCCAGCAAGGCCACUCCUCCCACAAUACAAUGCCUCCCCAACCAUAUGGCCAUUAUCACCUCCAAUGAUCCAUUACCAGGCACUAUUGCCCCAUCCUCAAGCAAACCAUCCUCUCCCACGACCCCAUAUCCUCCACCACUUAUAGACCCCCAACCAGCCUUAAACACCAUCGCUCCUUCCCCAACACCUGCUGUUCAAAUUGAUCAGCCUGACCUUCAUGUAUCCAACGACAACAAUUCCUGUCAUGAGUCAGGAAAUGAUCACCCAACCAACAUCCACACUUCUCAGCUUCCUCUUGCCCUGGACACUACACCGUGUCAGGAGAGUAGAAUGGCCUCCUUGGGCACAACUAGUGAAAGUUCACACACAGCUUCUGAAGCUACUGUUGAGACAUCCUCCACCUUUAUUGCCACACAUGAUGCAUCCCCCACUUCCUCUCCGAAAACAGUCCGGAAAAAGAAAGGGGUCACUACCCCAUCUUCCACUCACCCUCUCAAAAUCACCUUCAUUUAUAGCUACAACACCCCAUCCGAAAGACUGCUUCUCUGGAAUCAUCUAUGCCAAGAAAGCACCCGAAACAUUGGUAUCCCAUGGAUUGUUAUGGGGGAUUUCAAUGCCAUAUUGACUGCUGAUGACAGAGUAGGCGGGGACGUGAAUUGGUAUCGCCAUCAAGAUGACUUCCACAACUGCAUCCGUCAGUCUGAGCUCAUCCAAAUUCCAUACACAGGUCUCAGGUUUACUUGGCAUAAUGGACAACAUGGUGAUCAUACUAUACAAAAGAAAUUGGAUUGGAUAUUUGGGAAUCAGUGCUUGUUCUCCACCUGGCCGGCAGCUCAUUCUGUUUUCCAACCGCGUCACAUCUCUGAUCAUAGUGCCAUGAUACUUCAUCUUCAGACUGAUAGCUACAAAAGACAGGUUCCUUUCAAAUUUUUGAAUUUAUGGGCUGACCGUGAUGAUUUUCUAGCCACUGUUAGCUCAUCCUGGCAGGCUACAAUCAAUGGUAAUCCAAUGUAUCAACUUACCACCAAGCUCCGCCUCCUAAAACAUGAGCUUAAGAAACUUCAUCAGCAGCACACGUCCCACAUUACAAGCAGAGUUUCACAAGCUAAAGAUGCAUGGUAUGCUGCUCAGACCGUCCUUGAUGCCAACCCAACCUCACCCGAAGCCAGAACUGAUGAAAGAUGUUGUGCUCAUCGAUACAUGCAAUUAUGUAAAGAUGAGGAAUCGUUCUUUCAACAAAGAUCUAGAGUACAGUGGCUUCAACUAGGUGACAGGAACACCAAAUUCUUCCACAAAUCUUUGCUACAUCGGCAGGUCAGGAACAGAAUUCAUCAUCUGAUGGAUGAUGAAGGCAAUAUAAUCCACGAUCAACAGAAGAUGAGUCACAUGACAGUAUCUUUUUUUGAGCAACUUCUCUCAACACCGCAGCCUCCAAUGACAGAUGAUAUUGCACCGCUAUAUCCCAACGCUAUUUCUGCUGCAUCCACAACAGCAAUGCUCCUACCUCUUACUAAUGAUGAAAUCAAGGCUGCCCUGUUCUCAAUCCCUGACAACAAAGCCCCAGGACCGGAUGGUUAUAAUGCUUUUUUCUUCAAGAAAUGCUGGUCUAUUAUUGGAGCCGACUUCAUUGCUGCCACCAGGUAUUUUUUCACCAACAACACCCUGCCUCGCUGUGUCAAUGCUACUAGAGUAGCUCUUGUGCCUAAGGUUGAAAAUCCAUCCUGCAUGAAUGAUUUUCGUCCAAUAUCUUGCUGCAAUGUUCUAUACAAAUGCAUAUCCAAGAUUAUUAUUUCCAGGUUAAAGACUGUUUUAGAUGAGGUCAUUGGCCCCUCACAAUCAGCUUUCCUGCCGGGCCGAAAUAUAUCAGAUGCUAUCCUACUCACUCAGGAACUUAUGCACAAUUCACAUUUAAGCAAUGGGCCGGCCAACUGUGCCUUAAAGAUUGACUUAAGGAAAGCUUUUGACACA